AUGGGGGAUGCAGCAGCUGCUACCAUGCAGGCGGUCAGUGCGUUAGCUGGAGUUCAAGACCAGCUCAUUGAGAAGCGGGAGCCAGGCAGUGGGACAGAAAGUGACACUUCUCCAGACUUCCACAAUCAAGAGAAUGAGCCUAACCAGGAGGAUGCUGAAGAGCUGGAUGGAUCUGUGCAGGGGGUGAAACCCCAGAAAGCUGCUUCCUCUACUUCCUCUGGGAGCCACCACAGCAGCCACAAAAAAAGGAAGAACAAAAAUCGACACAGCCCGUCUGGCAUGUUUGAUUAUGACUUUGAGAUUGAUCUCAAGUUAAACAAAAAGCCAAGAGCCGACUACUAGACUCAUCAGUGCUGAAGCUUCCGGGAUUUAGGCCUACAUGAAUCCCUACGGAGAAAAAUGCCAGUCGACUGAAUGAGCGCGAUGGCAGCUCUCUGGCCGAGUGUCUUCAGAUGGGAGUGGUUCACUCUAAAGAACUCAGAUGGGGGGAGAAAUAGUCUUGGACCAUGUAUUUUGCAUCAUUUUCAAAUCACCUGAGUUGCAGGAAGACUAAGGUGUAGUAGUAGUAAUUUGGGUUCCUGAGUAUUCUGUGCUUCCAGCUCAGUCGGGAAUUUCCUACAAUUGGCUGAUCUUGCUGCUGACACCCCUGUGGUCUGUAAUAACCAUGGAGAGAUAUUUCCUUUUCCACUGGAAUUGGGGUAUGAUUCAGUAUGUCCCAUCCAUGUUGUAAGACUGUUAGGUUACUUUUGAUACUGCUAUUUAGCUGUGUGGUUUUCGUUUUGUUUUUUUGUUUUAUCUGAAGUGUGUAGUUAAUAAAUUGGCUCUUGGUUUUUUUGUUUUAAUCCGUAUAGAGAGGAAGGUUCUUCAUUUUUGUGGAACAACCCAUGUGAAUUCCUAUUCAAGCAGAGAAAAAGGUGGUUAACCCUUUUCUCUAAUUUUGUUUUAAACAGGAUUCACUAAAGUUUGUGUAGGGCUUUUAGAUACAGGGAAGGCUGAGCUCAAAGCCAUCUUGCUCUUUGCUGUCUUUGAGGUUGAGUGGAUUCUCUUUUUAAUACAAACCUCUGUCAUUUGUACAUAAACAAUAAAAGUUACAUGUUUGUCUCUUCUCA